AGGCGUACGCGGCGGUGGCGGGGAUGGCGUGGACGGCGUGGGCGCGGCGCCAACUGCUCCCAGCGCGCGGAGACCAGAAGUGGCCAAGCGGCGAGACAGGAGGCGCAGCUCCGGGCACCCUAAAGGCAGUGUUCUUCAUCUUCGCCUCCCUGUGCGCCUGGUAUUCUGGGUACCUGCUGGCAGAGCUCAUUCCAGAUGUGACCCUGUCCCGAGCUGCCUACAGCAUCCGGAGCAUCGGUGAGAGGCCUGUCCUCAAAGCCCCAGCCCCAAAGAGGCAAAAAUGUGACCACUGGACCCCGUGUCCCCCAAACACCUACGCCUACCAGUUGCUCAGUGGGGGUGGCAGGGACAAGUAUGCCAAGAUCUGCUUUGAGGAUGAGGUGCUCAUAGGAGAAAAGACUGGGAAUGUGGCAAGAGGAAUAAAUAUUGCCAUUGUCAACUAUGUGACUGGGAAAGUAUUAGCAACACAGUAUUUUGAUAUGUACGAAGGAGAUAACUCUGGACCGAUGACGAAUUUUAUUCAGAGCGCUCCCUCGAACUCCCUGCUCUUCAUGGUGACCCACGAUGACGGUAGCAGCAGACUGAAGGAGGACGCUAAGAAGGCCAUAGAAGCCCUGGGAAGUAAAGAGAUCAGGAACAUUCGGUUCAGGUCGAGCUGGGUAUUUCUUGGAGCAAAAGGCUUUGAACUUCCUGCAGGAAUUCAGAGAGAAAAGGUCAACCACUCAGAUAAUGCGAAGAACAGGUAUCCGGGCUGGCCCGCAGAGAUCCAGGUAGAAGGCUGCAUACCAAAAGGACCAAGCUAACAUGGCCCAGCCUCAAUAAAGGUGACUUUUGCAGACAAAUGCAUCCCGAAUGGACCACACCUCUUAGCCAACAGUCAAUAUUUGAUGAGUAUUUUGGGUUUGUCGUCAACCAGCGGACCAAAGUAUUUUCCAGUUGUCUAAAAUCUUGUCGCACAGACUUUUUAUGCCAGUGUUUAUAGAGUGAAGGUAGUGAGCAGGACAGCUG